UAUUGUCUCUUUGUGAUUAUUCUCUCUAUAAUUCCAAGAAAACCCAUUUUCAGGAGGAAUUGUAGAGUCCCAAUAAAUCAAAUUUUUGUGUGAAGAAAUGGAGGCAAUGAAGAUGAAGGCUUUGGUUACAUUGAUGAUGGUGGUAUUGAUGGCCAUGUCAUCAAUUCAAAUGGCUGCAGCAGCUGAUUCUCCUGCACCAGCACCAGCAUCUGAAGCUGCUGUGUUUGUGCCUACUUUCUUUGCAUCUGUGGUGGCACUUGCUUUUGGUUUGGUCUUCUAGACAGACAGCCCUUAGUUUGGUUUUUCUCAUUUUUCUCCAUCCAGACUUUGUUCCUUUUGCUUUCUCUCCUUUCCCACUUCCUCUCUCUAGGUUUUUUCGAGCCCAUGAGAGAGAAGGGUAAGGGAGGGGAAAUGGGAUGAGAUUCUUUUUCCAAUAUAUGUAUUCAAAAAAAUUAUAUUUAUUAAAUUAUUUGGGAUUUUAGGUUUGAUUUUAAUUAUAUAUCAUUGUUGGGGUUGUUGGAGUUUGUGUUAUGAUGUGUUUGGUGGACUAUUGUAAUAUAGUAUGAAUUCAUAUGUAUGAUUUAUUCUAGCAAUAAAACUUUCAUUGGUUGAUUACUUA